CACACACACAAAGCCACGAUCCGGAGUGAGCGCGCUGCUGAUGCAGAUAAGAUGAUGAAGGACGAGGGUUCGGUUCCGGAAGGCUCCCAGCAGGUGCACACGGACUGAAGCUGCGCCACACGGCUUCAUCAUGUCCACCGCAUCGGAUCAGCUCCCUGCAGACACGUCUUCAUCGAUCUUAUACAACACCAACCAGAGAGCCUUGGAUUUGCAUCAAGAUGACCAGGACACAUCCCCCUGAAUUACUGGCAUCAGCUUUUUAUCAGGACAUUACACCAAACACCAUCACUGACGACUCAGUUUUUCUUCGUCCCUCCAGGCAAUGUGACAUGAAAAUGAUUGAUAAAUCAGAGAUCAUCAACAAAAGACACUGCCGUAGUUUUGACUUCAUUGAAUCACUUGAUGAUCCACAGUCUUUCUCUUCCUCAAUGGAGUACCAUUACAAGAGGCCUGAGAUUCAGGCCCCGAACAAAGACCUCUGGAAUGGACUAGAUCAGCCAGGGCAUCUUCGUUUUUCAUCUCCGGAUCUUUUUAAUACCAAGCAGCACACUACUCAAGGCAAAAGCAGCUAUCUCACAUGGUCAGAUUCCAAAACGAGAUCAAGAUCUAAAAGUGCUCCAAGAGCCAAGGCUACCCUCACACCUGUGCCCAUCUUUGUAUCUCCACCAGUGGCCAGGAAGGGAAGGGAUGGCGCUCAGGCUGCUUUAGAUUCCUUAAAGACCUCUGAAACACAACGGGAAUCCUCCAACAGGGCUUUUUUGAAUGAAGUGCAUCCCAACAAACUUCAGCCCCACUCUCCUCUAUAUGUUUCAGACUGUUUUGAGGAGGAUAAACUAGACAAACCAACUGUUACCCCUCAUGUUAAAUGCCGUGUGGAUAUCAAACCAGAUGCUGCUGUACUGGAGCAUGCAUCAAGGCAAGUUUCUAACACACAAUCUGAUCAACUUUGGCAAAGAUAUUCUCAGGCCAGUAGCAGGUCAGGUCUGUAUGUACCACAACACAUUGUCUCCUCACCAACACCCACUCCCAGUGAAUGCUACAGUGGGGAUUUUAGGCAGGGAUACCUCUACACCAGCAGCUUGUCUCCUAUUUCGUACCAGCAUUUAGACAUGCACAGGAUGUCAUCACCAACAGCACCAUAUUUGAGUCAAGAACAAAGAGCUUACUCAAAUCCUAACAUACCGACUAAGUUUUUUUAUACAGAGGAUGCUGCUCGGUAUCCAGUCCAACCUUAUUCCAGACCAUACUUUCAGGAUGAUCGGUCCAGUCUUACCAGUAUUGGUAGUACUACAACAAGUCAGUAUGAUCCAAGGACUCGAUGGGUGCACACACUUCCUGCGAGAUCAUAUUACACAAACCACCACCAUAUCAACAGGGAGCCAGUUCACUCUGUAUAUAAUCAACCUUAUUCCACAAGUGAGACAGGCUCAUAUUUUUCUCAAGCUCCAUUCUCCAGAGCUUACUGUGAAGAAGAUGGUAGGUUCAGUCCAUACCACAUGAGUGGCUCAAGAUUGUUUUAUUCCAAAUCAUUCAACUCUCCUGAGGAACAGUACAUUCCAUCAAGGCCAUAUCACACAGAGGGUCGUCGACGCCCUCGAAUGUCUCAGGCCUUUUCAGACGACUGGUAUCGCUCAAGCAUAUCUGGUUUCUCUAACCAGUCCUCUCUAACCACACCACCAAAACUAAGACAAGACUCUAGUAUACCUCCAUGGUUUACAAAAAAUUAUACAGAGACACAUCAACUGGGAGCAGAUGUCAAAAACCAUUCCAAAUCUUGGGACAAUAUUAUAUAUCCACAUUAUGAAAGACGGCAACCUGUACCCCCACGUGGCCGAAGCUAUGAGAACCUAUUUUACCAAGCAAAGCAUAGGACAUCCUCUGACGUAACAGCUAAACCUGUCAUACUUAACCUGUCAAGUUCACCAAAACGUUAUGCUGCUUUGUCUAUGUCAGAAAACUCCUUGGAGAAGAAUUCAAGCAAUCCAUGGAGGAAUUCCAAGAGUGGGCACUGGUUUGUUACCCCAGAGAUUACCAUAACAGACAAUGACAUAUGUGCAGGUGGCAGCAGACAUCGUGAUAUUCACUCUGUUAGCUGGGAAUCCUCACAUGCUGAUAAGGGACCACCUCGGAGUGUGGUUAAUCAGAAGAACCCAUCUAACUUUACAAAUGUCACAAAUGAAAGGAAGCACAACAACUUUUCCCUUCAACAGAGUCUGGAGCAACUUGAUGAGCUCUUGGCUGAUCUGGUUGUUGACUAUAAGCCACCAACAAUCAAAAAGUCAAAUGAGAAUCUUUUAGAUCAAUUAAAACAACUGAUAACUGAUGACAAUGACAAAGACAUGGGGUCCUCUGGACUUGAAAAAUUAGAAAGUCCCAACACACAGCUCCCGUCCUCUAAAUCCAGCCCAGAUACAAUCAAAGACCCUGACAGUGGGUGUGAUGCUUUACAAAGGAGUGCAGAAGAAUGUUCUCCAGAUCACAGCACAGAUGAAGAUGACACAAUGGUGUGUGCUAACAAGAAGUGCAACCGAAUUGAGAGCAUGUUCAAUGCUUGCUUGUACUUCAAAUCAUGUCACAGUUGCUACACUUUUUACUGCUCUCGAAAUUGCCGUAGGGAUGACUGGGACAUCCAUAAAGAGACAUGCCUUUAUGGACGUGUCAGCAGUGUGUGUCGGCACACACUUAAGUUCUGCAGAGAGAAUUCGGAGAUCCACAAAGCCUUCUCACGCAUCGCUAAAUCUGGCUACCUCUCCAGAGGGAGAGGUGUUCUCUUUUUGGGUUUUGCCAAUCCAGAGACAACUGACAACUUCCUCCAAGUUGGGCUUGAAAGCCUCCUCAUCUCUCCCACUUACUUGUCUCUGAGAGAGCUGGAUGGCUUUAAGGACAACCUAGGUGAAUACUGCAAGGAGUUGCAGCAAGCAGGUAAUGAGUACGACCCCAGUGAAUGUUUCCUUUUGAAUGUAUCUAUAGCUGUUGGUGAAUUAGUGCCUAAUAGACCUUCCCCAAGGGUCCAAACACCAACAGUUCGAAAAUAUGCAAAGGUGUCGUUGGCUUCCUCAAGCCCUGACAAAAAAGUACUUAAGAAAGAUGAUGAACUGGAAACUCUUAUUCUCACACCACCACCAGGAACACCAGACAUUGACAAAGAAGGGGAGGAGGGGAGAAAAGCAAGAGAGGUGUGCUUUGUCAAUAUCCAACGUGCGCUCAGGACCAGGGGAGUCUUCCUUCGCCACGAGUACCCUAAAAUUUACAACCAGCUGUGUGAAUUUGUGGAGACCAACAAGAGGUUUACUCCCACAACAAUAUACCCAAUCGAUAAGAGAACAGGGAAACAGUUUAUGUGCAUGAUCAUGGCUGCAUCUGAGCCAAGGUCACUUGAUUGGUUGGGUACCCCUCACCUCUUAGAUGAUAUUAUAUAACAUAGCACUAAGAAUUAAUGGUAAUGAUGUCAGCAACAUUAAAUGUACUUAUUGUAAAUAUGUGUUGUGGUUUAGCAAGCUGAACACUGAUUUGUAUGAGUGUACAAAGGUGACUUAUCCUGUUUAUGUUUCCUUUUUUAAUCUUAAUUCUGUCCUUUG